AUGCAGCAACCAAUUUUUAAUACAGUGGAUACUAUUAUUCAACCUUUUGACUAUUCACCAGCACCUAUGAAUGAUUUUCAUCGUCCUCUUAAUUCAUUGACUCAUAACGAGACGGAAGCCCUGAUGAAAUGCUUAUCUCCAAUAACCGAUUCAUCCAACGUUCAUCAUGACAAUGAAACAAAAGUAAAUAAAUCUCUUCUUAGUAUUUUACAAGAUAUGAGAGGAGAAAUGCGUUUGAUCUCUGAUCGUCUCACUCAUAUCGAACGUUCAAGAGUGUCACCGAAAUCCAUCAAUGUUGAAUCCAAAGUGAGAUCAACUUAUUCACAUGCAUUCGAACGUUCAAUGAGUAACUUGUCUCAACGUUCUCCAAUUCAAACAGAACUUGAUCGAACUUACUCACCAUAUAAUAAUAAUCAAUUAAAAUUACACGGUGAUCAAACAUUAUCUACAACUCAUGUAUCUGUUCCACCAGCUCUCUUGUCAUCACAUCAUGAAUCAACAUCGGCGUUUCAUCCGAUUUACAAGCCGGUGAGUGAAAAUUCUGUUCAUAUUAAAAACAUUUCUCCGUCAGCUACAAUGACAACAUCUAAUGUAAUCCAACGAUCAUCAGCAAUCAUUACACCAUUAGCAACUGAACCAAUUAAUGCGUCAUCGAUUCCAUUAUCAGUGGCAAAAACACCCACACCUUUCAUCAUGAACUUGAACAACAUAUUCCCUUCCUUUAAAGGAACAGCAGAAGAAAGGCCAGUUCAGUUUCUAACUGAAUUCGAAAUUCGUGCUUCGACAAUCGUCGGCCAAAAUGAUAAUUUUCUUCUGCAAACUGUUUAA